AUGGAUGCCUUGCUUUUAAUUAGUGCUUCGGGGAAUUGCCCAAGAUCAUUGGCAAGCUCGUGGAAACAACCUUAUGGAACUACGUUUCCCGGCAAACCAACAGGCCGCUUCUCCGAUGGACGUGUCCUCACUGAUUGUAUAGCUGCAUUUAUGGGCACCAAAUCUCCAUUUCCCUACAGAUGGAGAGAAUUUGGUGGGAAAUUGGUACAACAUGGGAUGAAUUUGGCUCAUGGAGGUACAGGUGUCUUCACCACAUUGGUCAGAGGACCAAACAUGACAACACAAAUCAAUUAUUUGCAAAACCUCCUUGAAGAAAAUGUGUACUCCAAACGCGACCUAAACUCGUCGGUUGCUCUGGUGUCCCUGGCAGGCAAUGACUAUGUUACUUACAUGGCGCACAAUGGCAGCCUUAAGGGUUUGCCAGCUUUCACCACCUCUGUAAUCAACCAGCUUGCCCUGAAUCUGAAACGGAUUCGCGGGUUGGGAGUGCGAAAAGUAGCCGUAACAACCAUGGAACCCUUGGGGUUCUUGCCGACAUUCACUGUCUCAUCUUUGUACCAGAAUUGCAUUGCAACUGAAAAUGCAGCCACAAUGUUCCAUAACCAAAUCUUACAACAAGCAGUGCAGAGGUUGAACAAUGAAAGCAGGGGGCAUGUGUCUGUGAUGCUUGAUUUAUACAGCGCUUUCAUGUAUGCAUUCAAGAUAAAAGAAAACCAUUCAGGUGAUCAUUUUUUACAGACCAUAUAG